UGGGUUUUAUGAGAAAUCCUAACACUAUUUCUAAGGUCGGGCCACUUAUGUUUGUCUUCUUCGUCUUUAUUUAUUUAGACUUUACUUAAACUGAGCUUCAAGCAGAGACAGAGGACUGCAACUCGGUUGGACCCAGGCCAUCCAGCUCUUCUGAGACCACCCAAUAACUCCACGCCUGAACCGUGGAUAUUAUCGGAGCACCACAUAACGCAACAGGUCGUUUUCUCCUGACAGUCUCCUAUGCCAGCCUAUAAUGAUGCACACAAGAGAUGCUCAUCACGCCUGAGUUUCGCACUGAACCAGUCUGUGUAUUGAGUGAAUUUGGAGAUCUGGUCCUACCAGUUGUCUUUUGUAUAUUGGACGGUAAACUUUUGGGCAGAGAUGAAAGCGUACCGAACUCUCUACGAGCUGAUGGACAAUCCAGAGAAAUUGCAGGUUUUAGCCAAAGAAGCAAAAGUGUUUUGUCUGCUAAAUGGGCUGCCGUACCCCAUGAAGGAAUCGCCUGAGUUGGUGACGUACGCUCCCGUCACGCUCUUCCCGACGCCGGUCCGUGGGGCGGUGUUCGAGCAGGCCUUGGCGGUCCAGCCUCACUACAACCUGCUGGUGGACAGGAUCAGCCAGGACGCCGCCUUCCUGGAGGAAGCUCUCUCCAGCACGGUCCUGGCGGACGACUUCACGGCUCGGCUCUUCAACAUCCACAAGCAGAUGCUGUCCGAGGGCAGAGCCUCGCCCAUCGUCCUGGGCAUCAACAGGUCUGACUACAUGCUGGACGAGAGCGAGGUCAAGGGAGGCCUGCUGAAGCUGGUGGAGAUCAACACCUUCGCUGCCGGGGCCUUCGGGACCAGUGACACGAUCGCACCCCUGCACAGGCACGUGUUGAGACUGGCGGGUCUGGAGGGGCUGAGGUCGUCGGUUCCAGACAGUAACUCCACGGUGCGGCUCGCCUGCGCCCUCCAGAGGGCCUGGGAGCUCUACGCCCGGCCACAGGCAGCCAUCCUGUUUCUGGUGGAUGAUGUAGAGAUGAUCUUCUUCAGUCACUUCAAGCUUAUAAACGAGCUUCGGGAAAGGGGAAUCUCAAGCAUCCGAAACAACUUUGAGUUUGUGCACAAAACGGGUCGGUUGAGCAGCGACGACAGACUGUUUGUAGAUGGGUGGGAGGUGGCGGUGGUGUUUUUCAGAGAUGGUUAUGUGCCGGGCCACUACACAGAAGAGAGCUGGGCGACCCGCCUGUUGAUGGAGCGCUCCCGGGCCAUCAAAUGUCCCGACAUCGCCACCCACCUGGCCGGGACCAAGAAGGUCCAGCAGGUGCUGGCCCGGCCGGGGGUCCUGGAGCGCUUCUUCCCCGAGCAGCCCCAGGUGGUGCAGCAGAUCAGGGCCACCUUUGUGGGCUCCUACACCCUGGACCAGUGUCCGGAGGGGGACCGCGCGGCUGCCAUGGCGAUGGACUCGCCCGACAGAUACGUACUGAAGCCUCAGAGAGAAGGAGGAGGACACAACUUCUUCGACGCGGACCUUGUGCGGGUGCUGGAGGAGGAGGGGGCGGGCCGUGGCCGGGCCUCCUACGUCCUGAUGGAGCGCCUCCGGCCCCGGGUGGAGCGCAACGUCCUGCUAAGGAGGGACACGCCGCCGGAGCCCUGCGACGUGGUCGGCGAGCUGGGCGUGUUCGGAGCCUACAUCAGGGCGGAGGGGGAGAUGGUUCUGAACGUGGUGGCGGGUCACGUGAUGCGGACCAAGCCUGCCGAGCACCGCCAGGGCGGCGUGAACCAGGGCCUGGCCGUUUUCGACAACCUCAUCCUGUGCUGAGGAAUCCACCUGCCGCUGUAGGGUUCGACGUUUUGCUAUGGCGGGCUCUUUGAACAAGUUGCACGGUUGUACAAUCCCCAAAGCCGUGGAGGGUGUUUGGCUAAGGUGUGAAAGACUAUACCAGCGCAGCCAACCACUGCUUGGUUAAUAAUGGUUUUUAACUCGGUAUUUGAAGAGAAGUGGGCAGAGGAAAUAAUGAGCAGCAGACAAAUCUUGGUUAGCAUCGGUUUUGUACCAAAUAUUGAACCAAUUAAUGCACCAAAUAUUAGAAACUGCUUCUUUACUCUCAAUUCGCUAGUUCUCUGACUGACCACUAGGUGGUAAUAAAGUCAAAGGUAUUUAAACACUUUGGUCAGAGGCAGCUUCUUUUCUCUCAGGCAACUCCCUUAAUUGAAAAGGUCGGAGAUGGCUUGAUAUGGUAAUUCUUGUAUUAUUUAUAUGCUUAAUACAAGGGGAAGGGUUAAGCAGAUUCGAAUUUUUAUUUUAUGCACAAAUUACUAAUUAUUUUACAAAUUAUUUUUUAUAUGUAUAAUGAGUAAUGUGAAUCAUGUAUAGGCCUACAAAGUGAUACCCAUUAUGUAUUUAUUUACAUAUUGUGGAACUUCCGAACAACCUCAAUAAACAUGUCAAGAUAAAUGUAUCGGCCAAUCUUUUUAUUCCUCAUUU